AUGGCUGUGGAUGAACUCCGCCUGAAGCUGGCCACAGAGCAGCCUGGGCUCAAGCCACACGAGACCAGAGUGUCCCGGAUGUCAGGCCUCCGCAGACUGUGUCAGGAGAAUCUCACGGGUGUGGAAGGGGCACUAGCCCUGCGGCACGAGGCCCAGGAGGCCCAGCAGAGGCUGGAGGCCGCGGUGGAGGCCCUGACGCGGAGGCUGGAGCAGGAGACCAAAAAGCAAACGCAGCUUCGCCAGAUGAACCUGCGUCUGCCAGACGCCCUGGACAGAGCCGCCAAUGCCACAGGCCCGUGCCCCCAGGACUGGAUUUGGCAUGCCGACAGUUGCUACUUGUUCCCCCCGGGGCUGCUGAACUGGGAGAAGUGUCGGCGACAGUGGUUGGCCCUGGACGCUCAGUUGCUGAAGAUCAGCAGUGCGGAGGAGCUGGCCUUCAUCCAGAGAGCAGCCUCCCAUUCCAGCUCCCCCUGCUGGAUCGGGCUGUCCCCACCAGAGCCCUCUCACUCCUGGCUCUGGGAAGAUGGCUCCCCUCUGCCGGCCCUUUUAUUCAGGCUGCAGGGCGCCUUUUCCCAGAAGUACCCAUCAGGCACCUGUGUGUAUAUUCAACACGGAGCAUUUUUUGCAGAGAAUUGCAUCUUGGCCGCGUUCAGCAUAUGCCAGAGGAAAGCGUAUUCGUGGGGGACGCGAUAA